GGUGACGUCGAUCCCAGGAGAACACAGAUCUCCGUGCUCCCUUGCCAUACCUUCUACCUCUACACACAUCAGACAUAUCUCCCUCCCUCUUUGGCCGAUUCCCUUGCUCGCAGCUGUACUCCCACCUUCCCCCCCAGGCAUCAUCAGUCUCAGUACGUAGAGCCCAGAGAAGAAUGCCCACUGCCGUCUCCUCUCUCCUCUCUCGUCAAACGGCAAAUCGCUUCGCAGCAGCAACAUCCAACAUCAAGCGUGCUUCUCCCUUGCCCCAAUUCCAGCAUCAGCAACGAAGGACGAUGAUCCUCAAGGCCUCCACUCUCGCCAAUGGCAAGGGCCAACUGCUAUCUUCCCAGACUUCCCUCCCCUCUCUGCCCGUUCCGGCAUUGGAGCAGACGCUGAACAAGUACCUUCAGACCACCCGUCCCUUCCAAGACAGUUCUUCCCUUGCUCAGACCGAGGCAGCAGUCAAGUCUGCUUUGGAUGGAGAGGACUCGGCCUUGUUCAAGGAGCUGCAAAAGAGGUUGCAAGAGCGAGCCCAGAGUCCCGAGUCAGAGGGCAACUGGCUCGCCUCUUGGUGGAACACCACAGCUUACAUGGCCUACCGUGACCCAGUGGUUCCCUACGUUAGCUACUUUUAUGGACACAAGGAUGACCAAAGUAGGAGGACUGCACCGAAGAGGGCAGGUGCGAUGCUCAAGGCCAUGCUGCAAUUCAGGAAGCUGGUAGAGAGUGAGGAGCUCGCACCGGAGAAGACCAAGGCUGGACCGCUGUGCUCCGCCUCGUACCCUUGGAUGUUCAAUGCCUCUCGUCUCCCUGCUGCUGGAGAGGAUCAAGCUGUCAAGUACCCAGCAGACAAGUACAACCACGUCGUCUUUGUCCGCCACGGCCGCUACUUUGAAGUCGAGGUCGUGGACAAGUCGGGUAAGGAGCUCAGCGCAGCGCAGAUUGAAGCGCAGGUUGAGAAGAUUAUUGCCGAUCCUCGUACGCCAGAGUCUUUCCCUGUUGGUGCACUUACCUCGAACAAUCGAGACAAGUGGCUUGAGUCUCGUCAGGCCCUUGUCAAGGCCGACUCGGCAAACGAAGCCGCUCUAGAGAGGAUCCAGUCGGCCAUCAUCGUCGUGUGCCUGGACGAUGUGGCACCUGUGACUAGGGAAGAGGCAGCCUGGCAAUUGUGGUACGGAGACGGCAAGAACCGUUUCUACGACAAGCAGCAGCUGAUCGUCUUUAGCAAUGGCAAGUCCGGAUACAUGGGCGAGCAUUCCACCAUGGAUGGAACUCCUACUCUGCGUCUCAAUGACUUUUGUAUCUCUGCUCUAGCGGCGGGAAAGAUUGACCUCGGCAGCGAGAGUGCCGAUGCUUCUUCGCUGGCAGAGCCAAAGGAGAUUACCUUUAAGCUGAACAAGGACGUCGAGUCACACAUCCUCUCUGCCAUGCGCUCCUUUGACUCCCUCAAGUCCAAGCACGAUCUUGCCGUUCUAGACUUUCAAGGCUACGGAAAGGGAGCCAUCAAGGCUUACAAGUGCUCCCCUGACGCCUGGGUACAGAUGGUCAUCCAACUUGCCUACUUUAAAAUGAAUGGCAAACCAGCUCCAACCUAUGAAUCUGCUCAAACACGAAAGUUCCGUUGGGGACGAACAGAGACGAUUCGUUCCUGCUCUGUCCAAUCGCAAGACUUUGUAGAGAGUAUGGAGAAUCACGCAGCUAGUGAUGAAGAGCGCUCCACCAAAUUUCAAGCAGCGGUGAAGCAACACUUGGCUUAUGCUACUGCUGCUGCUGAUGGACAAGGGGUGGACCGUCAUCUCUUUGGACUCAAGAAGCUACUCAAAGACGGCGAGAAAGCUCCCGCCCUCUAUUCGGAUGCAGCCUUUAGCAAGACUUCCAAUUGGCAACUAAGCACCAGUCAAAUCUCCUCGGAAGUCUUUGACUGUUGGGGCUAUGGAGAAGUGACUCCAGAUGGAUUCGGAUGUGCAUACGCAAUCAAGGAACGUAGCUUGACAUUUACCCUUACCUCGUUGGGAUUGGGAGCGGAUAAGUUGAGACAUUACCUCAAUGAGAGUGCAGUCGAGUUGAGGGAUUUGCAUGAUCGAUUGGCGGCAAAGAAGGAGAUGAAGCCCAAGCUCUAAGCAAAAAGUCUGCGGGGGAAUGAAGGAAGAGGAGGAGGAGGAGGUGGUGGGGAAAGAGAGGGUAGAGGUAGUGUUGGGCGAGGGACCCCUUGUGCUUUCUCUAAUGCACUUAAUACAAUAUUACGACGUCUCGUCGCCUUUACAAUG